AGUAACAAGGAUAGUCAAAGGAUGAACUCAAGAAAACCGAGGAGAGACUCGGACGUGCUGUUGUCCAAGUUCGGUCACAAGGAGCACCUCUUCAAGUUCCUCGUUAUCGGUGAUUAUGGCGUCGGAAAAACUGCACUAGUUAGAAGAUAUACAGAAGGAAAAUUUACGUCAAAUUAUAAAAUUACCAUAGGAGCUGAUUUUGCAAUAAAAUCGCUUGAUUGGGAUCCGCACACUAAAAUCAAUCUGCAAUUAUGGGAUGUUGCUGGCCAUGAGAGAUUCGGAUAUAUGACUAGGGUUUAUUAUAAAUACGCAGUGGCAGCAGCUUUAGUUUUCGAUAUUUCACGAAUAGCAACCUUCCAGUCUAUAAAGAAAUGGUUGUUUGAUCUCAGAGAAAAGGUUACGCUUCCGGAUGGUUCUAAUAUACCUGUAGUUCUCUUAGCAAACAAGUGUGACAUUCCCUAUCCGGUAGUUCCGACGGAACAGAUCGCUAGAUUUUGUAAAGAGAACAAUAUCGGUGCUUGGUACAUUACUUCUGCUAAAGAAAAUACAAAUGUUGAUGUGGCGAUGCGGUAUUUGGUGGAGAACGUUCUUAAGACUAAAAUUGAUGGAGGAAUACGAGAUUCCGUCCGAUUGCGAGAUAAACCUAUGAUUAGAGAGAAGAAUGCAUGUUGUAAAUCAUGAAUGUUUCUCCAUACUUGAAUUAGUUUAUGCCAAAAAUACACAUUCACAAGACUUUUUUUUAUAUGCAUUUACUGGUGAAGCAUAUGUUUUAAUAUGUUUUAGUAUGUUUUAUUACUAAUUUCAGUAACAGAUGAUAAUGUAUCCUAUUUUAAUUUUGAAUAUUUAUUUUAAAACACUCAAUAUCCAACUUCUUUCAAUGUAUUGCUAGGUUUAAAACUAUUAUAGGAUUUUCAACACUUAAAAGUUAAGAAACAUUGUAAUAAAAAUGUCAAGUUUUUAUACCUGUAAUUGAGAUUGUAUUACUUUUCUUUUUAUAAAAAUCAAUUAAAAACAGUAUGAACACUUUUAA